AUGCCGUGGGCGUUCAAAAGCAAUAUUCUCAGCAGGCUGAUUCCGUCCUUUAAGUCGCCGCCGCCGCCGCCACCACCACUACCACCACCACAAAGCCACAAACGUCGAGAUUCGACUGAUCCGGAGGAACGGCACUGGAAGAGGAUGAAAAAGGACAGCCGUGAUCGCAUACCCGAGCCAGCUCCUAAAACAGCCGACAUCUUUGAACACUUUCGCCAAGUCAGAGGUUCAUGCUGUAGCAAAGACCAGAUGGUCGGGUUGUGUGCCUAUCUUGACACCAUCCUCAAAUGGGGCUACCGGAUCGAUGCAACUGAUUAUGAUGACUUCAUUCUGCGAUACCCUGAAUACACAACCACUGUCUCCGAAUUUGCCGCCACGUCAGACCAAACAGCCCUCGUUCCGGUGCCCUCUUACCACAAGUGGUUCCAAGGCGUUGUGUCUGAGCACAAGGACAUAACGGCGACUUCCUUCAACGCUGCGCAGUUAUCGAUUGAAGUGCAUCCCGUCCUCUCCCAGACCAAGUUGCGGCACGUGGCAGAAGAGAACCCGUAUGCCUUUCUCUUGGUUAGGUUUGCGUUGGAAAGCAUGCUCAGCCGAGCGUCGAAAGGAGUGGGAAGGCGGACUGUCAUGCGACGGCUGCGGCAGCUUGAGGCUCGAUUUGUGGCCAUUUCAGAUGCGACUUAA